AACACCGCAGCACAAUGCACCAGGAGGGUUUUACUGUUAAGUCCUGAGCGGGGAUAAAUUUAGCCGCGGUGAAUCCCGCUCGAGGAGCUGUCAGCUGAUCCCGGAGCCCCACCGCAGCGCAUGGAGACACCCUCAGCCUCUCAGAAAACCGGUGGCUGACUCAACAGCUCGGCCGCAAGAAGUGAUCUGACUCAGUCGCUCCAGCUGCUCUACGAUGUGCAGCAUUCGAGGAAGUUGUUAGAGGCAGAAUGUGCUUUUGUUUUGCGUGCACGUGCCACCGGGACAGAGCCCCGUUCUCCAGCUGAGUUGACCUGACGCAGCAUCGUUGUCGCAGUACAUGUGGACAGCCAUGAAGUUCGACCAGUGCAUACAACAGGACACUGCUGGGAGCAACAGUGAGAACAAAGUGUGGAAAUGGCACAUUCAGGACCCCGCCAGCCAGAGACUGACGUGGAACAAGCCACCCAAAAGUGUCCUUGUCAUCAAGAAGAUUCGAGAUGCCAGUCUGCUGGAGCCUUUCAAAGAGCUCUGCAUGUUCCUCACCGAGGUGAAAAACAUGAUUGUUUAUGUAGAAAAGAAAGUUUUGGAGGACCCAGCCAUUUCAGGUGAUGAGAACUUCGGGGCCAUUACUAAGAAAUUCUGCACUUUCAGAGAAGAUCUUGACGACAUCUCCAAUCGCGUAGACUUCAUCAUCUGCCUUGGUGGAGAUGGAACUCUGCUGUAUGCGUCUUCGCUCUUUCAGGAGAGUGUUCCACCAGUUAUGGCCUUUCAUCUGGGCUCCUUGGGAUUCCUGACACCUUUCAAAUUUGACACAUACCAGUCUCAGGUCACCCAGAUUAUUGAAGGUAAUGCUGCCAUUGUCCUACGAAGUCGCUUGGUAGUCCGGGUGCUUAAAGAGAACUGGGAGAAGAAGGCCAGAAUGGACGAGAAGGGCAUCAUCCUGACCAAUGGGGAUGUUGAAAGUAGCCGUAAAGCCAUGCAGUAUCAGGUACUGAACGAGGUUGUGGUCGACAGAGGACCGUCCUCCUAUCUCUCCAAUGUCGACCUCUUCCUUGAUGGACACCUCAUCACUACAGUGCAGGGAGAUGGUGUGAUAGUAUCGACACCUACAGGAAGUACAGCGUACGCUGUGGCAGCAGGAGCCUCCAUGAUCCAUCCCAACGUCCCAGCCAUCAUGAUCACCCCCAUCUGCCCACACUCGCUCUCCUUCAGACCCAUCGUGGUGCCUGCUGGGGUGGAGCUAAAGAUAAUGCUCUCUCGGGACGCUAGAAACACAGCCUGGGUGUCCUUCGAUGGGAGGAAGAGACAAGAGAUCUGUCACGGAGACAGUAUUACCAUCACCACUUCCUGCUUCCCCGUUCCUUCCAUCUGUUCACGGGACCCGGUCAACGACUGGUUCGAGAGCCUGGCCGAGUGUUUACACUGGAACGUGAGGAAGAAGCAGAACUACCUCAGCUCGGAGGACGAGGAGUUCUGAGGCCGUUUCCAAGAUCUUAGAGGUCUUGUCCAAGGUCUCCAGGACUCCUGAGGUCCUGGUCUUAGCUUGACCGUGCUCUGUGCCAUUUUGUCUUUCACGGAUAUG